AUCCUUCCUUUUAUUUUGGUGAUUCAACAUGGCAGUAAUGGCAAAGAUUGUUGUUUUGGUUCUCAUUGCUGGUUUCAGUAAUGUCUUUUGUUUUCCAAAGAGGGAAGCUGCCCAUGAGGUUGAUGUUUCAACAACACCGUCUCCCAACAAUCAGACCCAAACUGAAGCUGUGGGUGGUGCAAGUGAAGAUGUUGAAGCAGGCACUCCGGCACCUAAUCCCCACAAUCAGACUACUACUGCCCAACCUGAUGUUGCUGAUGGGCCAAGUGAAGAUGACUCGGUAACUGCAACCCCAAGUCCCCAAAACCAGACUACAUCUGCUGCCCAAACUGACAAUGCUGAAACUGUUGGGCCAAGUGAAGAUGAUGUGGUAACUGCAACCCAAAGUCCCCAUAACCAGACUACAUCUGCUGCCCAAACUGACAAUGCUGAAACUGAUGGGCCAAGUGAAGAUGAUGUACUAUCUGUAACUGCAACCUCAAGUCCUCAAAACCAGACAACGCCUGCUUCCCAAACUGAAAAUGCUGAAACUGUUAGGCCAAGUGAAGAUGAUGUGGUAACUACAACCCCAAGUCCCCAAAACCAGACCGAGCCAUCUACAACAGAUGGAGUAACUGCGUCACCAGAUGAACCAAGUGACGAUGCUGAUGUUGCCACCACAACCCAGAAUGCCCAAAACCUGACCACUUUGGCCCACGCUGUACGAACUGAUGGUGCAAGUGAGGAUGCUGUGUUAACCACUGUAGUGAGUCUGCAAAAUGGGACUACCCCUGCCCAAGACGUAACUGCCAUUACUGAUGCCCAUGAUGACUCCUGAAGUGACCUUCAGAAUGCUAAUGCUAUGGUAUUCUUUCGGGCAUCUUGACUUCAAUAAAGGCCUGAUUUUUAUCCGA